UCAUUUUUUAAUAGGAUUCUCAUUUUUUAAAUCACAACUCUCAUCGUUAAUCUCUAGUCUCUAUCUUUCUCUGGGUUUUACAACGGUUCAUCUCUGUUUUUUUUUUUGUCAAGAACUUGGUGGUCAUUUUCAGGAAAAAAGACUACACGUUGCUCUAUGAGUUGUUCAUCCAAAGUAUCUUUGAUCAUGUUAUUGUGAUUGCGUGUGUGAUUAUAAUUCUUGGUCAUUUUUGCUAUUAAUAAUUUGAUACUUUUGUCUUUUCUUUUUUGUCUUUUUGUGUUUCCAAUGUAUGUAAUCUCUUUUUGAUUCCCUAGUUUUCUACAAAUUUUUUUGUGAUCUUCUAAGAACGUCUCUUUCAUGGGUUCUUGGGAAAUUGUUCAUAGUUAAUCGCUUUAUAUGGGCCUUUUGUUUAUGUUGCAGCGUGAAAUUUAUAUAUGUGUUUUGGAAUUUAAUUGUGGUUUUCUGUUAAGAUGCUCUGUUUUGUAUGAUAUUGAAAUUAUUCUACCAUCUGGACUUUGAUUUUCUUGAUGGCUUUGUGUUUCUCUUUUGUGUAAAUGUAAAUAUUUUGACAAAAUUCUACAUCAGCAAGAAUUAGUGUUUUGUCUGUUAUGAAAAAAUGGAAUUCUCUCGAGCAGACUACAUGAUUGAGGACUCUGAUGAAUGGGACAAUAAGUUUCCUAAUACCUUCAAGGGAUUUCCCUCAGCAACUAAAACUCAGAGGCAUGGUACUUACUGGCUUGCAGAGUAUGACUUUGACACUGUUACUCAACAGAAGGAAGAGGAGAACCCUUGGGAAUAUCCUGCACGCAUCAUAAUGAAAAAGGAUAUGAAGAUUAAAGAUGUGGUGAAGGAACAUGUGCUCCCGUUGCUUCCUGCUAAAUCGCUUACGAAGUUUAGGGCUGUGUCCAAAGAAUGGGAUAAAUGGAUAGCUAGUCCCUUAUUAACCCACCAACAAAGUUUCUCUUGCCAGAGUUUUUCGGGCUACUUCUAUCAAGAUACGGAGAUGGGAGGGGAUCCUAUGUUUUUAUCCUUGGACCAUUCUGCAAGUGGAGUUCCCAGCCAAUUCCUUGAUUUCCUGCUGGAGCAAAAUGUCAAAAUUCUGUGCUCUUGCAGUGGGUUGCUCCUUUAUCAGGGGUCUGAGAAGUAUUAUGUUUGCAAUCCUGCAACCCAAGACUGGAAAAUGCUCCCUCUUCCUCAGUAUUAUCACGGGGAUGAACCGGCAGUUGUUCUUGCUUUUGAGCCUUCUCUUCGUAACAUUGAGGCAUAUUAUCAUGUUAUCUGUGCAUUUCCUAUGCUUGGUCAGCCAAUAAUCUGCUUUGAGAUUUACUCUUCAGAAUCAAAUACUUGGAGCUUCUCUUCUGCAUACUGUACUGACUUGGAAAAUCCAAAGCUUCUCGGUGGGGGUUCGUAUAUGAAGGGGGUUGCUUACUAUGAGACGACAUCAAACGAAGUACUGGCCUUUGAUGUAAAAAACGAGAUCCCUGCAAUUAUAUCUUUACCUGUCCUUCAAGUUGGGAGACAUGGAUCCUUAACACAGAUGGAAGGUGAGCUGUGCUACGUUAGUGCUAAUAACGAAUGUGGAAAUGUUUUCUUAAUAGAUAUCUACCAAGGCAUGGAAAUGAUCCUGAGGCGCAGUGUUAGCAUCAAUCUUGGAGUCGAUAGGGGUUUUACUCAAGCAUGCGAGGUACUACCCUGUGUUAACAGUGAUGCUGUGGCAAUUCACGUUGGCGGAUUCAUAUACUUUUAUCAUAUCAGGCAGCAGAAAGUUGAGUUUAUAACAAGUCCAUAUGCUACGGGUCCUGGCAAAAAGUUCCUGCCUUAUAUAAACAGCCUUGCUAUGCUACAUGAGCUUAUGGAGACUUAAUUCACUACGUUAAUUGUUUUUCCGUACAGUAGAAAAUGACUGCUUACAUCGUGACUUGGAUGUAUAAAAGGAACAUGCCCGUUGACGUUCUCUGUUUGGUAAAUAACGGAUUUUGAUUA